AUGCUCCGCCGUACGUGCCCAGCUGUAAGCUUCACCACAUCCCACCGUGCCCUUAUGCUCCGCACGAGUCGUCCGCUUCUGGGCGGUGACAUGCACUCUCUGGAGCGCUUCAAGGCUGCGUGGGAUGAGACACCCAUUCACCUCCUCGGCGCCUCGCGCAAAGAGGCAUUUGAGUGGCACUGGAAGUGCAUGUACCAGCUUGGCCUCCGCGACACGACUCGUAUGACAAAGCUCCGCGUGGUGAUGAACUGGGGUGCACUCUUCUCGUUCCUGUACCUGACAUACAUUUCCGUCUUCUACGCGUCCUUCUACCAUGUGUACUUUGAGGACUGGCCGGAGGAGUUCAAGCGUGAGAAUGCACGUGCCUAUGCACAGUCGAAGGGUGGUGAUGUGUGGGCGGCUGAUGGUAAAUUCAUUCGGCCGUACUUCCAUAUCAACCCGCCGAUGUUCACUAUGACAAGCGACGAUCUGUAA